AUGAACUUCGGGCUGUUCGUGAAACACUACCGUAAUCAAGUCAUUGUCAGCAAAGUAGAGAAUGCGAGCGCACCACUACAAUCACUGGAUCACAUUAUACAAGUCAAUGGGAUGCCGGUGUCAGAUAAGGAUGUCUGCAAAACACUUAUGGUGAAUGCGCUUCAGAGAGACAGUGUGGUGAACCUGCUCAUCGAGAGGCCGAUUGAUCCAGCUGCCAAAGAACUCAUGGAGAACGCCUUGACGGUAACUAUACAGCAACCACCAUCGGUCACAUUGGCUUCAGAUGUUAAGUCAAUCCUUCGACGUUAUGUGGAAAAAUUGAAAGAGGGGCAUGGUCAGAUGGAACCGGAUCACAUAUUAUCAACGCCAGACAAAAAUAGAAACAAAGCAGAACGCUCUCCACGACAACAUAUAAAAAUUGAUGACAAGAAAAAUGAAAUGCUAAUUGGGAUGGAUCAUGAGAAUGAAAGCAAACGAUUACAGAAAGUACCGCAGAAGACACCUCCGCUGUCUCGAUCUCAAACCAAAAAGAAACAUCGAAAGAAGAAACAUCUCGCCUUGCUUAUAAGGAAAUCUAAUUGA